AUGAUGUAUGAAUCUCGACAAACUUGGCAAGCGACAUCAUUCUAUGAUUGUACUGGUCGUGGACGACCAGCAGGUUUUUGCGUCGAAAUUAAAUCACCGCAUAUAUCUCCACUAAAAUUAACUCCAUGUGAAGUAUCACAAACGAUCCAUUCAUGUGAAUCUGUGCCCGAACUUGAACCACCAUCUGUUCCUUUGUCAAGCGAUGAUUAUGAUGAAGAUUUAGAAAAUAAUUAUGAAAAACCAAAUAAUAAUACUACGAAUAUAUCCAUUGAGAAGACAAAAGAUAUUAAAAAAGUUAAAAGAAAGCAAGAAAAGCAUGAUUUACCCAUAGUUAGCACAGCAAUUGAGUUACCAUUUAAACGUGACGAAAAACAACAAUCAACUAUUGUUUUAUUACCAUGUUUGCAAUUUCUUGAGUCUUAUAAUUCACCAAGUGAAAUUGUUGUUGAUUAUUGGCGUCGAUAUCAUACAAUCCGUGUAUCAUUUUCUCAAAAAGAAAUUGGAUUUUUUUCAACUGCUGAUCGUGCAGAUCGAACACGAUGUCGAGAAGAUUAUCGUUAUUUAAAAAAAUUAAUUUAUCCUCUUGAACAAAAGAAAGUUCAUUUUGAUCUAAAUGUUGGUGCCGAAUAUCUUGAAGUCAAAGAACCACCCGCUUCUCUAGAUUCAAUGUUAUGGUGGAUUCUUCGACAUAAAAAUGAAGUAUUUAUUGAUAAAAAAUUUACUUUCGAUUUUUUAUCGUGGCGUGGAACAUUACGUAAAAUAAUGUCAUCAUUAUUCGAUUCAGUUCUUGACUGGCGCAUAGGAAUAAUUCGUUGGAAAGGUUGCCAUUUUCUGUCAGUUUUUCAUACUGAAACUGAAUUAAAAAUUGAAAAUGAACAAACACCAAUUGAAAAACGUAUGCAAUAUUGGGGCCAUAAAUUUGAAGAUUAUAUUACAUCAGAUAAACCUCCAAUAAUUCCAUCGCCGAAAAAGAUUUUCUCAACACUGAAUAAAGCCACACUUGGUCGUCAUAUACUUCUGUAUAGUUGUGAAAUAGAUGCAUGUACAAUGAAUUCAAGAUAUAAUGAAGAAGAAAAACAAGGCACCUACGUCGAAGUCAAAAUUACCUAUGCUAAACAUUUACUUGAUUUAAAUACUGCUUCGUCUCGAAAAUAUGCAAAAUGGUGGCAACAAUGUUAUUUAGCUGGUAUUAAUCAUAUGUUACUUGGUUUCCGAAAUGAUUAUGGUGUUGUUGAAUGUUUACAACCACUUGGUGUAAAAGAUAUUGAAAUGCGAGCUAAAACAUGGAGUGCAAGUUCGUUUAUGUCAUUUCUUGAUGAAUUCUGUUCGUUUGUUCGACGAACAAUUACUAAAGAUUGGUCACACGAAGAGAACGAUGUACAUCUAUUCUAUUAUUCUCCAAAGGAGAAAAAAAUCAAAUGGCGCAUCUCAAAUGAAGAACAUCAUCAAUUUCUGCCUGAUUGGUUUAUAAAUGAGUUUUCUUGA